AAGUCCCCAAAGGGUUUAAGCUACCCAACCAAAAACCCUCAAAAAUCCAGAGAGAAAUUGAGCACCAUAGCCAUUUACCACUCUGAAAAUGUCUACCUCCUCCUCCCUGGCUACGCUUUCCAGGAGACUCUGUCGCUCUCUGCACUCAAAUCCUAUGAAUGUACUCUCUAUGCGCUUCUGCACCACCACGACCACCGACCUCUCCUCCUCCUCUAGCGACAGCUCUGACUCAGACGAGUCCAACCCUCUCAACUCGGAGCCCAACUCGCCCCAAGACAACGUCCCCCCACCACAGCCGCCACCAGAGGACUCCAAUCGGAAAAACUUUUUCAACGAUCGCCCGCUCGAGAACGGCCUCGACGUAGGCAUUUACAAGGCGAUACUGGUGGGGCUGGUGGGGCAGAGUCCGUUGCAGAAGAAGCUGAAGAGCGGGGCCACGGUCACCAUGUUUUCUGUUGGGACCGGCGGCAUUCGGAACAACCGGAGGCCGUUCAAUAACGAGGACCCGUCGGAGUACGCAAAUCGCUGUGCCAUUCAGUGGCACCGCGUUUGCAUUUAUCCAGAUAAUCUUGGCAUGAUCGCCAUGAAGAAUGCUUUGCCUGGUUCACGUUUAUACUUGGAAGGUAAUUUGGAGACCAAAAUAUUCACUGACCCGAUAAGUGGGCUUGUUCGACGUGUUAGAGAGAUUGCUGUUCGUAGAAAUGGUCGCCUUGUGUUUUUGGGUAAAGGUGAUGGUGCUGAACAACCGCCGAAAUGGGGGCUGAAAAGUGUUGGCUACUACUGAAAAACUUUGUUUUUAGUUGUGACAGAGAUUUUAUUGACUGAAAGAUUUUUUACUUUGUAAUUAAUUCUCUAUUCCGCUUGAGACCAAGGGGAAGGAAGAUCAUGGUGCUAUUAUGCUGCUAUUGUUGUAGCGUUUGCAGAUUAAUAUUGGUCUUCUUUUUAUUUCUUGCUCA